GCAGCAUUGUUUCCAAGCAACAGGAGAAAGCUGCAGUCCUGCAAUAAGCCGUAGCCUAAUUUCCCUGACACACAAACUGAGUGGCAGAGGCAAGAAAGGAACAGCAACAUCAAGAGGGAUUUCCUCCUGAAGUCAGAGAGGCUCCAAACCCAGAUCCCUAUUCCAAGAGGCCUAUUCCAAGAGCUGACACAGAUCCCAUUGAGCUUAUGUUACAGUGACAGCUAGAGAAUGGAAAGAAAACACCUCAAGAAAGAGAUUAGAAAACUCCUGGGAGAUUAUGUUGGCAUCAGACUAUGAGAAAAUGAAUUUGAUCCGAGAGGACAAAGGCAGUCCACCUUUCUAGAUGACAUGGUCCAUUACAACUUAGCCUUCAGUGUUGCUUUGCUGUGGCUAAGUGACUUGGAUGCUCAGACUACACUGACAAGAGAAAAAAGGAAUUUUGCAGCUCGCAACCGAUACAUGUAUCCCAACCGAAUUGAGAGGGAAGCUAUGAUACUAUCUUCAUAUGCUGGAAUAUUAAUGAACAGCAUUCCUAUUGAAGAGAUCUUUAAGAUAUACAGCAUGAGGCCCUCAGCAACACACUGGCAGAGCUCUGCAAAUGAGCACUGGAUUCAGCCUUUCAAGAUCUCCCUGCACCCAUUUGCCAUGCUGACUGCCCCUGAAGCUGCAGAGUACACCUGGAAGCAAAGCAUCAAGUACCAGACAGCCACAGCAUAUCAAAAGACCAACACUUGUUCAGCAAGGAGAGCUAAAAAGGACAGCAAGCAACUGGAUUCACUGACCAGAGGAAAGCAACAGGUUGACAAAGUAGGUCUGAAGAACGCACACAAGCCGGUAAAACUGUUUUUGCAACUACCACUGAAUGUCACAGCUGCAGUGGCACCUCAGACCACCCACAGCCCACAAAGCCCUUCUUGUCUGCCCUUCUCAGCACGCUUUAGUGUGAGAUGUUUCAUGGUAGCACUGAUUUAUACCAUAGUGUCAAUCCUAAACUGGACUUUCAUGGAAACUCUAUCAUAUCUUGGCAGGAGGUGUCACUCAUGAGCUGGAAAGUCAGCUCUAGUGAUCCUCAACAUACACAUGGAAGGCAUUCUUCUGGCUACUGUCCCUGCAAAAUACAUUCACUACUGUCACUUUUAGGUUAAAAAAAUCCAGUUGAAGACUAUUGUUUAAAAAAAACUAACAAAAACCUGACUCCAUAAAGAACCCAGUAAUGUUAGAUUAGCCUAGCAUGUACGUGAAUUAUGCUCUGCUUUUCUAUUUGUCCAUGAUUUGCCAAAGCCUAUUGUUUGCUGCAGCUCCACUGAGCAGGAGAGCUAAGAAAACAUUCCAGCAGCAGGGCUGGAUCUGUCCAAAUAAAGGGGCUCCCCCACAUCCCCGAGUUCAAUGUGCAUCACAUGUCACACAGCAGGAGGGAAUCUGAUCUGCCAUGCAGUCCCCAUCUCUCCUGAUGGAUUCAGCCCUGCAUGCUGUGCUUGUGCUUAUUAACAUUUGCAUCCUGCAGGGAGCUACAGAAGCAAAAUAAAGAAUCUCUCCAGAGGAGCCUGGAACAGAUUCAAAAGCAAGGAAUGCAAAGGAAGCAAAGGUGUAACAAAGACCUAGACUUCAUGUACCUCACUUAGCUGUAGGUGAGCUGGUAUCUUCUACCUUAGCUUUGGUAAUACAUUUGUGACUUGUGUUUUGGGGUUUGUGUUUGGGGGUGGUUUUUUGCUUGUUUAUUUUUAAAUCUUAGCAGUCAUUCCUUCCUUCCCACCCCUCAUACCUUGUAUCCAAGACUGACAUUCCCUCCUCUUCCCUUAGCUACCUCUCUCCCACUUCUCUGCCAGUGUGUUGGGAGCUUACAUUUUCCCAGUGCAUCCCCAUUGCUUCUCAACACACCAUGCAGAGCCAAAGAGAAGAUGCAGCACUUCAGAAGCAGGGAGUACACAUUUCCCCUUGUCCACAGUGCUGUGCAACUCCCACACAUGAUCCAGAGUGGGGCAGGAAUGAGCUUCCCUUCAUGUAACAUGAGGGUUGUGCCUUUCAGGAUGAUGGCAUUUUCUUCAGCUCUCCCCUUUAACCAUCUUGCUGUCUUAUUUCCAUAAAGCACUCAGCUAAAGAAAAAGCCUCUACCUGCCGUGCCAGUGUAGCACUGAAGCCUACCUGUCUUCCAUUCCCCAUGUAUGGGUCUCUAACUGUUUGCCUGCAUUAUGUCCAUGCUGUGCUGCCCAAGAACACUCCCUAUUUCCCAGAUCCUUGUACUAACUCUGCCUUGAGAUAAGAGUUGGGUGCACAUGGUUCUCCUUCCACAGCCCUCUUCCUCUGGCUGGAAGCCUGGGCACACAACAUGGGGUGUUUCUAUAGGACUGUUUCUACUUAAUUCCAUAGAAGUUUCAAGGCUCAAUGGGGUAGUAGAAGUGUUCACUACUGACAGGUGUGUUUUACACUAACUGCAGGGUAGGGAGACUCUAUUAGAGCUUUUUGCGUAUAAAAAUGAUAGAAAUUAAGAUUCCCAGCUACUUCUAGCCAGGGGCUAGACGUCCAUCCAAUGUAUGGUCGCAUAUUGUAGCCUGUGCCUCGGAAAUGGUCCUGUACUAUAACACAAAAUAUCUGCUGAAGGGCAAACCAAUAAAUAUUUGUGAAGCAAACACAUUUUUCUUCUUCUGCCUGCUGAUUCUCAGUCACUGAGCCUACUUACAGAGAUGCCAAAAGAUAGCACUACACAAGAAACCCUGGGAAUGGUUAAAUUUAAUCAGGCAUUUAAAGGGUCUUUUCAAAGUCUUCACUUAAAGCUUGCUUUCAGCUCACCAGGUUCACAGCUUUGCUUUUUUUUUUUUUAAACAUAAUUUAUCACAAAUUUCCUGUUAAAAAUCAGUCUAAAAUAAAAUGUAGUUGAGUUGCUGUAAACAUGUCCUUUCAAUUCUUAGCUGUCCAUGGGGAAAAACCUAACCGCAGUGUGCUACACUCAGAAAUUACAGAUUAACUGGUGAGUCUUUGUGCUGAUAUUGGUGGGGCUUCUCAGCCACACCGUGCAUUUUCCUACUUGCCUUUCAAGCUAUGUGAGCCACAAUUCAAGGCCUAAGGGAUUCAGAUGAGAAGGCUAGAGGGGACUUAAGAUCAACAGCAACAUCAGCCUCCCUUACUCUGUAGCCAUGAAUUUCUGCAGCAUCGGCUGUUUUGGCCUGGUUAGCUCACUCUGCCGGCAACAUGAUUGCUGGAAGGCACUAAUCCCAUUUAGCAGUUCCUACCAGCCUCUCCUCCGUGGCCUGUCUUCACUGCUGGGACAGGUCUGCCCUGUCACAUUCCGCACAGGCUUAUUUCUGGAGCUCAGAGCAUCCAUCAGCAUCUAAACAGAGGCUUCUGUUCUUGCAAACAAAUUCAGUAGAGCAGUAGGCAGCAGCCAGUGCCAGGACCUAAGCAAAUUUCAUUCCAAUUCAAACAGCAUCAGUCUGACCCCUUGAAAGCCAAAGCAGAGAGAAAUUGUACUUUGAAAUGAGGUCAUUACAAGAGGGGAGGAGGGGAUAUUGCUGCUGAGCGCAUUAGUAGGAGAACAAUGGUGAGGGGGUGGUUAAGAUUAAACAGCUAGAGAGAGAGAGAGAUUAACACCUCAUGACUGAUUUUUGUUCGCUGACCUGCAAUAAAAUAACCAGUAAGACCCUAACAAAUAGAUGAUUAGCUGUGUUAUUCCAGUGUUGUCUUUGCUAUUAGAGUACUGCCAUGGUCUUUACAUUGGCUAAUACUUCCUGGAUUUAUAGAUAAGUCUGGUAGAAUUAAGAGGAGUAAGCAACAGAAAUCUCGCUAUG